AGUUUGGGAAGAGGAGCAGUGGGCUGCUUUCUUUCGCUCCGCCCUGUGACAGUCUAGCGAAAAAAAACUCCCCUUACUUUUGCUGCCGGGGGCUCAUCCUGAGGUCACGGCGACCAGGACAAGCAAACGGUCGAAACAGGGAAAAGUAUGUAAGUCAGACCAGCGUAGUAGGUUAAGUUCUUUAGGGUAUCACUGUUUGUCAAAGUGUAACGUACACAAAAUGGCGAGUCAGACGGAGGAUGCGUUAACGUUAGCUAGGUGGCGGAGGAAUCGCUGUGGCUACCUAAACUGAGGGGGGAAGUCUUCAACUGUCGGCAUUUUUUUCCAGAAAGAGUCUUAAAAUCACUAUGGCACAUAAGAAGUCGGAAAAGGAGGGAGUGAACUCAGUGAGCCGAAAACACCAGCCGAGUGAAAAUGUAAUGCUUUGCUGAGGCGACGAAGAGUUGGAGCUUCGUUCUCUUUCUAACGUUUCUAACGGACCGUCCAGCAACUCUCUCAGCCGAGCGGGACGCUUAAAACAUUUUCCGAAGGAUUUCUUUCUUUCUCCGCAAGAAUGUGGUUUUGUUUACAGAAGCAGAGCCAUGGCCGUCUGCGGUGCUCGGACAAACGCGACGUUGUUUCUCUCUGGAAGAAAAAAACGCCAACUCUUUCAUCGCCUCAGAGUUUCUAACGCGCUCGCUCCUCCAUGUGUUUACUCGGCGUCGAGGACCCGCUCGGAGCUUCUCCCUUCAGCCGCAGCUUAGCUCACCAUGCUCGCUCGCCGGUCCUGUGAAGCCGACCAAGCCGAGGAUAUCAGUAACGUUCAUUCGCUCGUACCCUUCGUCUCCCGCCCGUUGAUGCCACCACCACCAUGGCGGUGAGGUCCAGGAGACCGUGGCUGAGUGUGGUUGUUGGGGUCGUGCUUGGUUUCACCGCCGCGUCCUGGUUCGUCGUGCCGGCCGUCGUAGAGCUCAACGGCGGCGCCAAGAGAAAGUCUCCGGCGUGCUCGCACCACAGAGACAGCGGCGGGGAUUUGGCUGUGGGGAAAGUUUGGGAGGCCGGUGGAAGCUCCAGCACCGCGGCCGGCCGCACUUGGCGCAGGGAGGAGAGAGAGGAGGUGGAAGAGGGAGAGGAGGAGAGUGCCUCCAGGACAGGCAAUGGCGACCCUCCACCCAAACGCUUCCUAUAUGUGGGGGUCAUGACGGCCAAGAAGUACCUGGACUCCAGGGCGGUCGCUGCCCAUAAGACGUGGACGCGGAGUAUACCGGGGAAGGUGGAGUUUUUCUCCAGCGAAGGCUCAGACGUGGUGCCCCUGCCAGCCCCCGUCCCUGUAGUCUCAUUAUCAGGGGUGGAUGAUUCAUAUCCGCCUCAGAAGAAGUCCUUCAUGAUGCUCAAGUACAUGCAUGACCAUUACCUGGACAAGUACGAGUGGUUCAUGCGAGCAGACGACGAUGUCUACAUAAGAGGUGAAAAGCUGGAGCUUUUCUUGCGCUCGCUCAACAGCAGUAAGCCUCUGUACCUAGGGCAGACAGGCCUGGGCACCACAGAGGAACUGGGCAAGCUUGCCUUGGAGCCUGGCGAGAACUUCUGCAUGGGUGGUCCGGGCAUGAUCUUCAGCCGCGAGGUGCUCCGCAGGAUGGUGCCCCACAUCAGCACCUGCUUGAGGGAGAUGUACACCACCCAUGAAGAUGUGGAGGUGGGCCGCUGUGUCAGGCGCUUUGGAGGAACUCAGUGUGUAUGGUCCUACGAGAUGCAGCAACUGUUCUAUGAAAACUAUGAGCAUAACAAGAAAGGUUUCAUUGAGGAACUUCACAGCAGCAAGAUUCACAGUGCCAUCACUUUGCACCCCAACAAGCGUCCAGCCUACCAGUACCGGCUCCACAAUUAUAUGCUGAGUCGGCAAAUCUCCCAGCUCCGCUACCGUACCAUCCAGCUGCAUCGUGAGAGCAUCAUCAUGAGCCACCUUAGCAACACAGAGGUGCAGUGGGAAGACCAACAACUGGGGGCGCCACCUUCUUACACUCGUUACCAGCCAACCGAACGUGAAGAUGUUAUUGAGUGGGAAUUCCUGACUCGUAGGCACCUGUUCUCUACUAGCGAGAAGCAAAUGCCCAGGCAAGGUCUUGGGAGAGCACUUCACUCUGCACUAGAGGACACAGUGCUCCAGGUGAUGGAGAUGAUAAACGAGAACUCCAAAGCUCGAGGCCGAGUCAUUGACUUCAAAGAGAUUCAGUAUGGCUACAGAAGGCUGAACCCCCUCUGUGGUGCUGAGUACAUCCUGGAUCUUCUGCUGCUCUACAAGAGGCACAAAGGGCGAAAAGUGACCGUGCCAGUCCGUAGGCACGUCUACCUGCAGCAGUCCUUCAGUCGGCCCUUUUUUCGUGAGACUGAGGAGCUGGAUGUCGCCGAGUUAGUGGAGGCCAUUAACAGCGACUCUCAGUCCUUUUCAUUCCUUUCGAAUUCACUCAAGAUCUUCGCCCCGUUUCAGUUCUCAGAGUCUAUGAAAGAGAUUCGAGAGGAUAGUCAAAAGAAGGUUCACUUUCUCGUGCCUCUAACAGGCAGGUAUGAUACAUUCUUACGUUUUAUGGACAAUUUUGAGAAGAUCUGCCUUAUUUCAAACCAGAAUGUGAAACUCAUCAUCAUACUGGUGGAAAAUGAUAGCAACCAAGAUAAGGAAAAGCACUUGGAGCUGAUUAAGGACUACCAUAAUAAAUAUCCCAAAGCAGAUCUGUCUGUAAUACCAAUGACAGGGGAGUUUUCUAGGGGUCUUGCCCUAGAGAUGGGUGCCUCUCAGCUUAGUAAUAACUCGCUGUUGUUCUUCUGUGAUGUGGACCUGGUGUUCAAUAGUGAUGCACUCCAGCGAUGUAGAGACAAUGCUGUUGAGGGGAGUCAGGCUUACUUUCCCGUUGUCUUCAGCCAGUAUGAUCCAAAAAUUGUCUAUGCUGGGAGCCGUCCAGAAGACAGCAACUUUGUCUUCACCAAGAAGACUGGCUUCUGGCGAGAUUACGGCUUCGGCAUCACAUGCAUAUUCAAAAGUGACUUGCUGAAGGCCGGAGGCUUCGACACAUCAAUACAAGGCUGGGGUUUGGAAGAUGUAGACUUGUUCACUAAAGUUAUCAACUCCGGUUUAAAAGCGUUCCGCUCACAGGAAACCGGAAUUGUGCAUAUUUAUCAUCCUGUCCACUGCGACACUAAUCUAGAGCCCAAGCAAUACAAAAUGUGCCUCGGGUCCAAAGCGAGUACAUAUGCAUCUGCGAUGCAGUUAGCAGAACUGUGGCUGGAGAAACACUUAGGCAUAGGAUACAACAGAACUUCCUCCUGACAUUCCAGCUAUCCAUCAAUGUCACUGGAGAUUACCUCAGUUCUGCAUGAAAGCAGCAACAGACUGACUGGCUGUGUAUAUGUGUGUGUGUGUGUGUGUGUGUGUGUGUGUGUGUGUGUGUGUGUGUGUUUGUGUGAGCGUGUGGGGAGGGGUCUAAUGUGCAAAUGUGUGCAAUUAAAGGUACUCUACAAGUGUUUGGAGCAACUUCUAAUUUGUUAGUGUAGUUGAAUUUUCAACAACGUCUUCCAAAGGACAUUCUGUGCCCCAGUCUGAAAUUUCAGGGCUUGUGGUUCGUCAUUUGUUUGCUUUUGGGGGGAGAGGGUAUCACUGAUGCAAUCGUGAAAUCUGCUGAUAUACUCAGGAGCAUAUUUCUCAUCAUGUGACCAUCACCGAAUGUGUUUUAUACAAUCUGUGUCUUUGAGGCUGUAAGAGAAGUGCUCUUCUCCCCAUGUGAAAAUGGACACAAAUACUACCACAGUGUGAUGAAUGGAUAAUAAAUUAAGAUGGAACGAUGGGGACAGUAAUAUUGAAAGUACCACAAAUGUGCUUUAAAUGUCCCUUCAAGAAAGGGGACUGAAGAGAAAUAGAUUUUUUUUUUAUUUAUACUAAGAAAAUCAUAUUGUAAUUCAUCUGCAGUAUUUUGAUAAGUGAUUGUAGUUUAUUUUCUAGUUGAAGUAGGCUUGUUUUGUUAAGGUACUGGCUUCCGUCCAACUUUUGCUGUGUUCUAUAUUUCAUGGUCUGCUUACUCUUAUUUUCUCUUCUCACUAUUUUGUGCAGCCUCUGCUCUGAUGAACAAAAUGCAUCUAUCAUUUUGCUUUGUGGCUUGUUUAUGUUGUUAGUUUUUCUGGCAACUAAAUAAUAUUAAAAUGGAUUAUUUAUAAUAAAAAAACACUGAAAAGCA